GAAGUUUCAAAUUGAAAAAAAAAUUUCGUUUUAUGCUGCUGUUUAAAAACAAUAAAUUAAUUUAUUUUAAAACAGGGACCAAAUCGAAAAGAUGUAAAUUAAAUCCAAAAUCCUACUUUCUCUUGGAACGAAGGAAAUGAAGUUAUUUUUAGCGAAAGAAGGAGGAAAAAAAAAAAGCGAAGCAAAAGAAACUAGAAUGGAUUUUGAGAAAUCCUCGGUUUCCAUAAAAGAUGACACUGAAAUGGCGGACGAUGACACUGCUCAAAACCCUGAGAGCAGUCUGAAACUCAAUAGCGACUCGGACUCAAGCGAUUCAGAAGACGAAGCGGAGCAGACACAGCAGCUUCGAGCUUUAGAGUCUGACCUCUCUACCAAUCCUUCCAACUACGACGCCCAUGUCUUGUACGUAAAGCUUUUGAGGAUAAGGGGUGAAAUAGAGAAGCUACGAGAAGCUAGGGAAAAUAUGAAUGUAUUGUUUCCAUUGACUCCAGCAAUGUGGGUGGAAUGGGCCAAAGAUGAAGCUUCUCUUCUGAAUGAUUCCGAUUCCGAGUCAGUCGAGAAACUUUACGAGAGAGGCAUCUCUGAGUAUCUGUCUAUCCCCCUUUGGCGUGAGUACCUAAAUUAUGUGCUACAACAUGAUCCAAAAGUAUGUGAUAGUUCGGUUGACGGGAUUUCAAAGGCUAGAAAUCUUUUUGAGCGUGCUGUUUCUGCUGCUGCUUUACAUGUUGCUCAAGGUUCUCAAAUAUGGGAUGCAUACACUCAGUUUGAGCAAUCUAUUUUACAAACCAUUGACCAAUCAGACAUUCAGGCAAAGGAGAAACAGGUCCAGCGCAUUCAAAGUAUAUUCCAUCGUCAGUUGUCUAUUCCCUUUGCUAACAUGAAGUCUACUCUCCUAGCCUACAAGGCAUGGGAGGUGGAGCAAGGAAAUUCUCUUGAUGCAGAAUCCGACAAUGUGGAUGGGAUUUCCUCCCGUGUUGCUUCAUCUUACCGGAAGGCAGAGGAGAUGUACGAUGCCCGUGCUCAUCUUGAAGAACAUAUUACAAGACAGGGUAUAUCUGAGUCUGAAAGAUAUCAACAUUUUAUGGGCUACUUAGAUUUUGAAAAAUCUUUUGGGGAUCCAGCACGAGUCCAAAGUCUGUAUGAACGUGCCAUAACUGAUUUUCCUGGAUCAAGUGAUCUCUGGCUUGAUUAUACUCGCUAUCUUGAUAAAACCUUAAAGGCAGGCAACGUUGUGAAGGAUGUUUAUUCAACGACAAGAAAUUGCCCCUGGGUUGGAGAACUUUGGGUUCGGUAUUUGCUAUGUUUGGAGCAUGGUCUUGCUUCUGAGAAAGAGAUAUCUGCUGCCUUUGAGAAGUCCGUGCAAUGCACAUUUUCGACCCUUGAGGAGUACCUUGAUUUGUUCCUCACUCGAGUGGAUGGCCUAAGGCGUAGAAUUUCAUCAGCCAGAGGAGACGAUGUUUUGAACUAUUCAUUGAUUAGGGAAUCUUUUCAGCAAGCAACAGAUUACUUAUCACCACACUUGAAGAACACUGAUGGUUUAUUGCGUUUGCAUGCUUAUUGGGCCUGCUUAGAGCUUAAAUUGAAUAACAAUUUAACUGCUGCUCGUGGUGUUUGGGGGAGCUUGCUUAAAACCUGUGGUUCAAUGUUGGAAGCAUGGCAAGGUUAUAUAGCAAUGGAAAUUGCUUUAGGCCAUAUAAAUGAAGCCAGGGCCAUAUACAAGAGAUGGUACAGCAAAAGAUUUAGUGGAACAGGUUCGGAGGAUAUCUGCCAUGCUUGGUUGCGCUUUGAGGAAUUUGGAACAUUGGAUGAUCUUGACCAUGCUGUGCAAAAGGUUAUGCCUCGUCUUGAGGAGCUGCGAUUGUUUAGGUUAGCGCAAGAAUCUAAAUCUUUAACUGAAGUGACAGAUCAAAGGGAGCAGCCCCUUAAGCAAACUGCUCGUGAAAAGAGGAAAUCUGGUUCAAUCGCAAUUGAUGAACAGUCUCCAGCUAAGCGGCAGAAAAGUACUCAAAAUCAGAAGAAAUUGCAUGAGAAAGAGAACACACGAGGGCUGAAGUUAGCUGAAGCAAAUGACAGGAAGCUGGUGAAAGACACUUAUUCUAGUAAAACCAGAUUAUAUACGAAUCAGUGCACUGCAUUUGUAUCAAAUCUUAACAUUAGGGCAAUAGAUGAAGAUCUAAAGCUAUUCUUUAGUGAUGUUGGUGGAGUCACUGCGAUUCGAAUUCUGCAUGACAAGUUCACUGGAAAAUCAAGGGGAUUGGCAUAUGUGGAUUUUAAGGAUGAAGAACACCUUGCUCCAGCUCUAGCAAAGAAUAAGCAAAUGCUGCUUGGCAAGAAGUUGUGCAUUACACGCUCAAAUCCAAAGCGAGGCAAGAGAGAAUCUGGUGCUCUCACUACAUCUGAACAUGAUAGCAAUCAGAGUGGAAUUGAAGGGAGUUCUGCAUCUAAAGAAUCUGUUGAAAUCUCAAAGGGUUCAAGUGUAGCUCCCCAGGUACCACAUUCUCGUAAGCAUUUUGAGAGCAUUCAACUGAAGGAAAAUACGUUUGCAGUGCCUAGAAAUUUUAAACCACUUGGGUGGACUACUAGCAAGCCAGGAACCAAGAAAGAGGAAGAUGAGAAACCAAAAUCGAAUGAUGAAUUCAGAAAAAUGUUUAUGAAAAGCUGAGGCUUGGGAAACAACAAAAAGAUACGAGAUAUUCAGCAACAAGAAGGAAAAGGAUUGGAUAGAGGAAUUUUUGAACAUUUGGUGAUCGCAAGUCUCCGAGAUGGCUUGGUUGAUCUUUGGUUUAUGUUUCAGUUUUCAUUUCCCUUUCAUUUGUUUCGAGAGAUAUAUUGAUCAAUUUCAUUUCUUUCUUUUUUCUAUUGACUCUUUCAAUUAUGAUGUAGGGAUUCAUGAAUCUAUGUGUCUAUAUGGAUCUUGUUCAUGAAAAUGUGCAAAAGUUUUAUUUGCCGGAGAAAA